AUGUGGCUUUUGCAUUUAGCAGCUGGGUUCUUUGGGGCCCUGCUGGUUGGAGGGAUGGAUUUAAAAGCGCAGGAGAGCCUGCUUUUAAAGUCACUGGGGCUGAGGGCCAGGCCAAGCCCCAAAUCUCCUGCCCCGGUGCCCCCCUUGCUCUGGAAGAUGUUUCAUAGGAGAACCCUCCCUUUGGCAAAGGAUCAGAAGCCCAAAGAUGCCUGCUGGGUGGAAGAAUUCGGCGUGCCGGGGAAUAUCAUCCGGGUUUUCCCUGAUCAAGGUGGCUUCAUUCACAGAGAGGAACCCCAGAGCUGGGUGUGUCUCCAGAAGCGGCUGUAUUUCAACUUCUCCGCCGUGGAGGAAGCAGAAGAACUGACCAUGGCUCAGCUGCAGGUCAGGUUCGGCCAAAAUUCCUACCACGCUUCUGGAUCGGGGCCCCCCUUUGAGCUGAGUCUGUACCGAGCUUCCCAGAUGGCCUUGCGGGGCAUGUCGACCCACGCUUACAGCCGCAGUCUGCUGGUGGAACAAUCCUUCCUGCAGUUGCACAAAUCUUUCCUCUUUAACCUGACCGAAGUAGCGAAGGACUGGCGAACCGCCGGCAAAAACCUGGGGCUGAUCUUGGAAAUCGCCUCGCCCCGGGCAGGCGAGCUUUGCUCCGGCCUGGAUUCCUUCCUGGACGCUUCCCUGCUGGUGGUCUCCCUGGCCCCCAGACACUGCAAAGGCGGCAGAGCCAAGCGAAGCUCCGGCUACGUGCCGGCUGGCCUCAGCAACAUCUGCAAGCCCCGCCGGCUGUUCGUCAGCUUCGGUGACAUCGGCUGGGAGAACUGGAUCAUCGCCCCGCAGGGCUACCUGGCGAACUACUGCCUGGGGGAAUGCCCCUUCCCUUUAACCGAGGAGCUCAACAGCACAAACCACGCCAUCUUGCAAACCAUGGUCCACUCCCUGGACCCCGAAGGGACCCCGCAACCUUGCUGCGUCCCGGUGCGCCUCUCGCCCAUCUCCAUCCUGUACUAUGACAACGACGACAACGUGGUGCUGCGGCAUUACGAGGACAUGGUGGUGGACGAAUGCGGCUGUCGGUGAGAGGG